CUGCUGCCAGACAGCAUGAGAGCUCUCGUCCUGCUUGUGUGUUUAGUAGUGGGCUGCUUGGCUCAGAUACAUCACCCAUGCUCCUCUCCAACUCUGAUGACUGGUUCUUUCCUUCUGGCCUCCCAAAAAGGGCUGCAGACGGUAUACGCCAACUACACCUAUGAUGCAGUGGGAGAGCGCAUCCGCCUACAAGAGGUUGGAGACUACAACAAUGAAACUUUUCAAUUUGAUGCCAUCCUGCUCUACAAACAGGGCAUCAUGUACAAGCUGAACUACAAGAACAGCACAUGCAGCAAGGCAUAUCUGGAUACACACUUCCACCCUCUGAUGAUCCCAAAGAACGCAUCUUUUAGAGGUCAAGCUGUGCUCGGCAGCUCCAUUGGACAGGGGGUCCUUGUCAACACUUGGGCUGGAGAGCUGAACCUGGGGAACACAGCAGUAAAGUACGUGAGCAUCGUCACUGACAUUGGUUGUCUCCCCAUUUGCUCAGUGUUUAAUACCGAUAAAAGUGACUGGGUGGCAACCAGCUUCUUCAAUGUCGUCGUUGGAAUCGCAGACCCUCAGCUUCUCAUCCCACCGCCUUUCUGUAACGGUGCCCAACUGGAGAAGAAGAAUGAGGAUGAGGAGGAUCUGAUUAGCUUCUUCAGUUUGUUUUAA